GGAGGUCAGGAACCCUGAAAAAUAAAUCAAAUUAUUCAACAACAACAAAAAAUAUCAUCUAAUCUGCAAAAUCAACCAGAAAACAAAACGAACUGGACUAGAAUUUGACUCUCAAUAGGGAAUAUGCCACGUUUUAGCACGUGGCAAGACUUUUUUAACCUUUCAUCUUCAGCUUUAAAUGAAUAUUUGGUUUCACCAACUGACUUGUAAUGUCUGGAAACAUAACAAGAAAUAUGCUAAAUAUCAGAUGAUAAUUAUAUUGCACAUUUUUUAAAUCAUUGCAUCUUAAAUUGAUGGAGAGAGAGAGAAAAAGAGAGGGAGCAACCAUGUGUGUAGUGUUAACCUGUAGCAGAAAGUCCAGAAUACAAACGUUCAAGUAAACCAAACAAGCUUGGGAAAACUUCUUAGGUCCGAUCUCUUUUUGUUUUAUGAAUUAGAAUACACUGUAAUUUUAAGAUAUUGGUGUUUAUCUUAUCGCCGCUAGAUGGCAGGACUGUGUCAUUAACUAACCAACAAAUAGUAGAAGAAGAAAUGUAGCCGUUUGCUAACUGAGCGGUGUAAGAUGAGCCGUCCUGAAAAUGUCUGCGGCUUUUUAUAGGGCUUUAACUUGCUAAUGUUGACUUAAUUCUGACUGUUUUGAUGUUCGCUGAAGACUAGUAUCCUGCUUGAGAAUAAUUUGACACGAGGUUAGCCUUAGCUGCUAGCUUUUUAGAGGACGGUGGCGGAGUUUUGUCAGGCCUUAAAAACAUUCUCUGUGUGGCGACAAAAGGGGAAUUACGGUGUUUUGUGUAGUUAAGGUCAAUGAAAUUUCGUAAAAAUGUCCAAAGCCCAAAUUUUGAGAUCAUUAGUGAACCAGAGGCUGACUGCGGCUGCUGAAGAGAUAUUUGAGCUGUUUGAAAGAACGAUAGCAGAAUACGAGGAGGAACUGUAUCGAUCUAAAGAGAAUCAACAAAAACGACAGGAUGUUGAAAUCAGCCCUGAAGAGGAGAUACACAGACCAGAUGUCCUACAGAUGAUGACGAGAGAAGGAGGCGUUUUCCCUGAGCAGCUGGAGAGGAGCUCCCAUCUGAAUCAGGAGAUCAUUCAGCCAUUAAACAUUAAAGAGGAACCAGAGGAACGGUGGAGCUGUCAGGAGAGAGAGCAGCUUCAAGGAGCAGAAGAGGCCGAUAUCAACAUGUUCACAUCCUACUAUCCUGUUCCUGUAAAGACUGAGGAGGAGGAUGGAGAGAAAUCUCAGUCCUCCCAGCUUCAUAAAAGAUAUAAUUCACAAAUGGAAACUAAAGCUGAUGGAGAGGAUUGUGGAGGGUCAGAACCAAAGAGAGACUUCAAUCCAGACAGUCUUUCACAGCCAGCUACCCCUGAUAAGACUUCACAUCUCUCUGGAUCUGAUACUGAUGACAGUGGUGAUUGGGAGGAAAGUGAUGAACUUCAGGAAGGUUUGAACCCUCUGCAGAACAAAAACAUAGCUGUAAGUGAUAUGAAAUAUGACACUGGAAAUACAUCAGUUAGUUUCUCAGAAUAUGCCUCAGCCUUUGGACAAAACAUACAACUGCAGGAAUAUAAAGGAACCCACGCUGGAGAGAAACCAUUUAGUUGCUCAGUUUGUGGUAAAAGAUACCCAGGUAAAGGUAAUUUACAAAAACACAUGCGACGUCAUGCAGUAGAAAAACCUUUUGGCUGCUCAAUUUGUAAGAAAAGUUUUCUCUGGAGAGCAGAGAUGGUGAGGCACAUGAGAGUCCACACAGGGGAGAAACCUUUUAGUUGUUCAGUUUGUGGUCAAAGUUUCACACAAAGGGGAGUUCUGAAAAGUCACUCUAUUAUCCACACAGGAGAGAAACCAUUUAGCUGCAGUGUUUGUAAUAGAAAAUUCACAUGGCUAAGGUCUUUCAGAAGACACGUGAGUGUGUGUGCUAGCAACAAGAGUUAAAAAACAAAAUCUUUUGGGAUUCUUUGUGAAAUUAGUUCUUUUAAUGUUUUCCAUGUACUUUUAACACUAUGUACUACUACACAUAACACACUUUCUAAUAUUGUACUCUCCCCACAUACACUAUAUUGCCAAAAGUAUUCGCUCACCUGCCUUGACUCGCAUAUGAACUUAAGUGACAUCCCGUUCUUAAUCCAUAGGGUUUAAUAUGA